UCUUCCUCCUCGCUAUUCAUUGGGUGAAUGUCGGCCAGGGCACCCUGGAAUGCGUGCGCAACUCGGGUGGCUCUCGCUGCCGUUCUGUUUCUCGCUCCCUCUUUUACUGAAGCUGCCGCCGUCGCUGCCGCCGUCUAGGUAGGCGGGCGGGGGGGAGAGGGAGCCGCCAAGCUUUGGGCUUCCUUCCUCUCUUUCCUCUCCUCACCGUCGCCCAGGCAUUGGCUGGGCGACCAGGCCGCGUCCCCCCCAUUGGGGGGGAGGGGGGCCAUUGUUAUGGAGACAGAUUCUGGGGAUCCCCCAUCGCCGCCCCCUCGAUCCCAUGCCUCUCGUUCGGUCCUCCACGUUCUCAAGCGGAGGGCUCCGACUUCCGAGGCCUUAGAAGUGGCUACGAACGGCAGCAAGCCAUGUUUGCCUCUGGCCACAGCCAAUGAUGCAACAACAACCAUGGAUCCCGGAGAAGCCACUCUGCCAACUGGCACUACGACCCCGGCAGCACCUUGCAACGCUACAGAGGUGACGUUAACCACGAUGAUGGCAGACAUGACCCUGGUGGCCAACAAUACUGGAAAGGGGGCAGAUCCUGGAGAGACGAGGUCUGAAACCCUAACCAUGGGUGCAGGAGAUGGGUUUUCAGCAGACACGGGUCCUGUGGUCAAUUCGGUGGCUCCUGUCCUUGCUAAGGCUAUUGUGAGUGACGGCGUGGGGAUGUCAUCCGUGGCUUUGCCAAGAGACGUGGUAGUGAACCCCCUACCAGUUCCACCAGCUUCACCGACGGUGAUCGUGGUGGCCCCAAGUCCUAUGACCCCACCGGAGAAGACUUCACCAACAUCUCCAGAGGGUUUCACACCUCAUGACUUUUCCGUUCCUCGGCCCCCUCAAGACAUGGGUUCCCAGUCUAGUCUGGGCACUACUGCAUCCAAAGUCCCUCCGGCUUCUGAUACUUUGAGUUAUUUAGAUUCUGUUAGUCUCAUGUCAGGCACGUUGGAGUCACUGACUGGUCCUGGAUUCCUUGACGAUGUUAGCUCUCUGGGGUCUGAUUCUGAAAUCAAUGGACUUGCCUACCGUAAGACUGAUAAAUAUGGCUUCCUGGGGGGCAGCCAGUAUUCUAUUACACUGGAAAGCGCCAUCCCGGUGGACGUGGCCAGGCAGAGGGAGCUUAAGUGGCUGGACAUGUUUUCUCAUUGGGAUAAGUGGCUGUCACGUAGAUUUCAGAAGGUGAAAUUGCGGUGCCGGAAAGGGAUUCCCUCUUCUCUCCGUGCCAAAGCAUGGCAGCUACUCUCAAACAGCAAGGAGCUUUUGGAUCAAAAUCAGGGAAAAUUUGAGGAAUUGGAACGUCAGCCUGGUGAUCCCAAAUGGCUAGAUGUGAUUGAGAAGGACCUCCAUAGGCAAUUCCCUUUCCACGAGAUGUUUGCAGCUCGGGGAGGCCAUGGGCAGCAGGACCUCUAUCGCAUCCUGAAAGCCUAUACCAUCUACAGGCCUGAAGAAGGUUAUUGCCAAGCACAAGCACCCGUAGCUGCCGUUUUGCUGAUGCAUAUGCCCGCGGAGCAAGCUUUCUGGUGCCUGGUGCAAAUCUGUGAGAAAUAUCUUCCUGGAUACUACAGUGCUGGAUUGGAGGCAAUCCAGUUAGAUGGGGAGAUCUUCUUUGCACUUCUCCGACGAGCGUCUCCCAUCGCCUAUCGUCACCUGAAGAGAUACAAGAUCGACCCCAUCUUGUAUAUGACCGAGUGGUUUAUGUGCAUCUUCUCCCGGACCUUGCCUUGGUGCUCUGUGUUACGUGUGUGGGAUAUGUUUUUCUGUGAAGGAGUGAAGAUAAUUUUCCGGGUGGGCUUAGUGCUACUCCGGAACGCCUUGGGCUCGGUGGACAAGCUGCGAUCUUGUCAAGGCAUGUAUGAGACAAUGGAGAAAUUGCGAAAUCUCCCCAUUCAGGCCAUGCAGGAGGAAUACUUGGUCCACGAGGUGAUUAAUAUUCCAGUUACUGAAGCCCUCAUCGAGCGAGAGAAUACCACCCAACUAAAAAAAUGGCGGGAAACUCGGGGGGAGCUCCAGUACAAGCCCUCCCGCCGACUCCAUGGCUCACGAGCCAUCCUUGAGGAGCGCUACCGUAUGAACCCUCCCCUGACCGCCAGUGCCAGCCUCCUUAGCCUCACAGGGCUAAAACACAGGGUUGCUCUAGGCAGCAUCAGCGGCCCCUCCUUCUCCCCAGCACAUUCCAUAAGUACCCUGGCUGAGUCCCCUUCCCCGCUCCCUCCUGCUGCCCAGAACCAGGUGGUGGUCUCUGAAGGUCUUCAUGCUGCUCUGCCCUCCCCUACUGGAAACAACACCCCCUUAGGUGGCCCUAAGAAAAGCAGCAGCAGCAAAGUGGAAAAGCGGAAAGAAAAAGAACGGGAGAAGCAAGAGAAGAUAGAAAAGGAGAAGCAGAAGCUGCAGAAGGAACGGGAGAAGAAGCUGCAAAAGGAGCGGGAGAAGCAGGAAAAGGAGCGGGAGAAGAAGCAGCAGAAAGAACGAACCAAAGAGGAAGCCAAGCUAAAGAAAGAAAGAAAGAUGUCUUUGAGAAAGAAAGAACCCAAAUCAGCCCCUGAAGAUGGAAAAGACGGGGAAACCCCAGGGGGGUCUGUGCUCCAGGACACUUAUUUUUGAAUAAUACUGAGGGGUGGGACAACACAAGGCUGAACAAUUCCCAAGGACCAAGAAGAUAGUUGCCACUAGAGACAUAGUGUGAUUGAAGGACCCAAAGGACCAGAGGACGUACGCCAAAGGGACUCAUUAUUGGACGUGGAAAACCCCCAGACUGAAGGUGAGAGAGCGUUGGAGGAGAAUUACUUAGGGUCCUCAUGUUUACCUCUUUCGUGUGCCUGAGGUGGGCUGGAGCCCCCCAUCCUGCUCUCCUCGACCGUAAUGACCAGAGAGAAAAGGUCCAUGGUAGAUGCUGUGCUCUAUGCAUGGAUAUGGAACUUGGUGGUCCCCUGUGAAUUUCACCACAACCUACAAAUGCAACUGCACCUACCCUCCUUUGUUCCCCCCAAGCUGGGAGCCUAAACACGGAAGUAAUUGCAUUCUUAACAAGUACUUUGUAUGGAACCAUCUCCUUUUAAAACUGUCUAACCACUCCAGGGAUGACAUCACCUCCCUUAGCAGAGAGGCCAAAUAUGGACUCUGGCCCUUCCCCAAUAUUAACAGGCACUUCUGUCAUUGCAAGGUGGAUUGGCCCUUUUAUCGCAUAUUUCCCCCCAAUUCUCCUCAAUGGAGCUGAUGGGCUCCACAAGGCACUUAGGAAACAUCUCACACACAUACACACACACACACACACACACACAUACACACACACGUAUAUAGGUACUUCCCCUUGCAUGGCUUUCUACAGACUAAGCUAGCUGCCUUGUCUCCUGGCCAAAUUGCCUCUCCAGAACCAUUUGUUGAUAGGCAGACAUGGAACCAGGGUGGCUUCUUCGAGCUUGGACGUUCAGGAAAAGAGAAGCUCGAUUCUGUUGGCUUUUUACAACAAUCUGUCUCAAAACCGUGGUGGGAAAUUAAGGAAGCCAGGCUUGGCCAGUUGGCUAUUCCUAUAUAAGGGAUUCCUAGCAGUCAACAAGGGGGAGAAAAAAAAAUCUCAGUUUCUAGAAAAGUUUGCUGCAUUAGCUCAGCAAAGAGAAGUAAUUAGAUUGGGUCCAAAAGAGAGGCUGCAUUUUCUGGUUCUCUGUUUUUGGCAUGUAGUCAAAUAGUUUCAGUCAGAACAAAGAAAAAAAAAGUCAAUUUCCUGCCCUUCAGAAAUAGCUUUUGGCAGAAACAUUCCUGAGAAAUCUAGGAGGGUAACCUUUGUCUGAUUGCUUGCUAUUUUGUCCAAAAGAGGUAUUUACUUUUGGGGAGAACUUCCGUCCCCAAGAGGAGAUUUGAGCAAACUCUCUCCAAAUGGCUAUAGCUGUAAAUUAUUGAAAUGUUUGUUACUGGAUUACAUUUAGCGUUUAAUCCUAUCCCUUAAAAACAAAAGGUCCUUCUCCAUUACAGAAUAAAUUCCUUAAGAAUUAGUUUUUCACCGUCACUGAUUUACUUAGAUAGUAAAUGAAGAUAACUGAGAAUGUUUUCCUAUUUUAGUGCUGCUCCCCUGUCUUCACAAAAGCUACAGGGUUUCUUGAGCAGUAGCUGAUAAAGCUGGUUUAAAACUGGUUUAUAGCUUGUUGAUGUAGAUAUUAACAAAUACGAUGCAUGCUUGAUUUCCUUGUCCCACAAAAAUGGAUCUUUAAAGCAGUGUUUCUCAACCUUAGCAACUUUAAUUCCCAGGAUUCCCCAGCCAGCUUGGGGAAUGGUUGCGGAAUUCUGGGAGUUGAAGUCCACACAUCUUAAAAGCUGCCAGGAUUGGGAAACACUGUUUUAAAGUAAUUGGAAUGUAUUUUGCUCUAGACAUUUUUUUUUCUGUGGUUCAUUGUGCGGCCACAGUGGAGUUCUGUUUCCUUUUAAGGAACUACAUGCCGAUACUCCCUUGCAAACCUUUAAUGGUGGAGCAGAAGGCAAUUGUCAAAACUCUGGGUUUCUAUUCUAUGCAGUCUAGGAAAAUAAUAUUGGCAGGCCGUAGGGUUGAUCAGCUUAGGAAUGAUGGAAAGAGAUUUGGGGAAUUUGAAACUGGAAGAUAAAUUCUUGCUGCCUUGGAAGUCAGAUUGGGCUACAGUAUUAUGAGUCCAUACUGGAUUCGUGAGUUCCCAAUUUUUCCGCAGCAUCUUUUCCUUCUCUUGUGUCACGUUCUCUGCAGUUGUGAAUAGUUUGAAAAUCAUGAGCCUGUUUCAGAAUCUCACUUCCCCAAAUAUAUCUGUACCAAAUAGCAGUUUCUCUUUGGAUUCACAUCCCUAACAAAAAUGUUCUAUUAGACUAUUUUCCUCUCUGUAUAUACUUUUUCUCUCUAACACAUAUAUUAUAUAUAUGUUUCAGUAUUGUAA